CUGGUCUGAUUCUAGGUUGAUGGGGUUGUCCUUGCGAUUUCUUCCCACAACUCUCCCUCGAUGCUCAACGAUGCAUCAACCACCAAAGAACCUGCCAAAGGCGCAUUGACCUUGAUGUCGGCGCAGUACGGAUGGAGGAGUUGUUGGGUUGCUGGCGGGAGGCUCAACGAGCGGACAAGGUCGCUGCCCAUCUUUUGCGGAUUCGGAACACGUUAGAACUCGAGUUCUUCGAACAUAUCACGGCCGUCCUGAAGGAAAUCGAGUCUGCAAGCAGGCUCCUCCGAGACCUCUACGACCUGUUCCCCAUCUACCGGUCCAGAGUACCCAUGAUCGUGUACUACUUGAACGUCAUUCUUCCGUCUUUUUGCAGGACCUUGCAGCAGAUGAUGAUCUACGUUGAUAACGAUGCCAUCUCAACAAGAUCACAAUGGGUCCUGAUGUACGAACGCAUGGGCGAGCAAGGAGGGAUGACUUUGGCUGCCCGCUUUGUCAUGUUUGUCGAAUUUCUAGUCCAGAUGGUUCGGCUUUUGAGCCGAUCGCCUUUAUACGAUCCGACGACGUUGGAGCUGUUGCGUAUGAGACAUAUGCGCCUGCGAGUCUUGCAAAAAAUCCCAGCGCCGCCAGGCCAAGCGCUGCUACCAAACCAUGCGCCUGUGCAACCAACACAGGCAGAUCUCGAGCGGCGCCAUUGGGCAGAAAAGAUCUUUGACGACCAGCCUCACUCGACGACACCCUUACGACACAGACGAGACUCGAAAUGCUUUGGCCCACCAAUGGUAGAUGUCAAGUUAGGCAUUACGCCCGGCUCCAAUGUGCUCUUCAAAUUACCUUUUGACAAGAAUAGAGUAUCGGUUACCUUAUAUCUCCAACCCGAAGGGCAAAACCUGACAAGGCUCCUAUGCCGAUGGAUGGACAAAUACUACAACCCAUUAUAUUCCUGCUAUGGAGUCCAUGAGUUGUGCGUGAGACGAAAGGGCUCCUCAUUGCAGUUCCGAAGAUGGAGUACCAACAAGAUGCAUCCUACUUUGUGGCUGGCGUUGUUCUUCAAGACAUGGGAGAAAAUGGUGCUUUUUCACUGCGCCUUCGGCGCUUUAAAGUCACGUUGCCCACUUACACUAAACGUCAUGCCAGAUGAUGUCGUUCUCGCCGGCGAGAAAAGAUUGUACCAAGGGAAAAUCGUCGACGAUGGUUUCGAGCAUAUCCUCACCGUGCUCCAAGAUGAGAGGUGUAAAGGUUUAAGGCUCCACGCAGCAGUGCGUAACGGAGAACUGAGAAAGUGCCCUGUUUGGACAGCUUUCGUCACAUACCAAUCCGCCUCUUGCGACUGGCUGGAGCGCCGAAGCCGACAUCGCAUCUGGCUCAGAGACAUAUAUCCCUACGUCUUCUGCCAGAAAUACAGGAAGAAGCACCAAAUGAAAAAGCACGGAGAAUUCGAAAUUUACUUUGUCAACGAAGAAGCCGCAGACGCGUUCCAAGAUAUCUUCAGCGAAGGUACCGACGGCGAAGAUGUCAUCCAGGUCAUCGAGAUGAGCGGCGCUAAUGGUCCUGGACCAAGUGAGGGGAGUGAAGAAUCUUAAUGGGAGAUUGAAAUGGAAGGAAGCAAGACUCUAUACGUUUGACUCGUCCCUGUUCGGCGAUGUCUUUUGCACAUAUCUUUUCGGGGUGGAGAAGUAAUAUGUUGAUAUGGGAGGUUGGUGUCAGUCAGCUUUGGAGUCUUGCAUUUUGAGUUUGGAUGGAUGAUGAAUGAUGAAUGAUGAGGAGAUUGAAUAACAACAGCAAGUACGCCGCUCACAGUAGGCUUUGAAUGUUUUUUGGUUUGUUUUGAUUUGAUUUUAUGUUGUAGCUAGCAAUACCCCAGCUUGUGUUUUGGUUGAUUGUUUUGAAAUUCACAGAACUUACGUAUUUGAC